CGCGGCGUGAGUGACGCGGCAGAAAGUGAAGGCGCCGGUAGGAACUAGAGGAAGCGAGAGAGACAGAAGCGGGGGCCGAAAAGAAAACCAACAUGGUGGGAGUGAAAGUGAUCGGGGCGGACGGCGAGUUUCAAGGGGAGCUGACGGCGGCGGGUUCCAGACUCAGUGUCGUGAAGUUCACAAUGAAAGGUUGUCCUCCUUGCGUAAGGAUAGCGCCAGCCUUCACAUCGCUGAGCAAUAAAUACCCGCAAGCAAUCUUUUUGGAAGUCGAUGUACACCAGUGCCAAGGAACAGCUACUGCCAACAACAUAUCUGCAACCCCCACGUUCUUGUUCUUUAGAAAUAGAGUAAAAAUUGACCAGUACCAAGGGGCAGACGUUGCAGGCUUAGAAGAGAAAAUUAAACAGCACUUAGAAAAUGAUCUUGGAAACAAUGAAGAUUCCGAUAUUCCAAGAGGCUAUAUGGAUUUGUUGCCAUUUGUAAAUAAAGCCGGGUGUGAAUCCCUCAAUGAAAGUGAUGAUCAUGGCUUUGAUAAUUGUCUACGGAAAGACCCAACGUACCUCGAGUCAGACUGCGAUGAACAGCUGCUGAUGACGGUAGCGUUUAACCAGCCGGUGAAAUUGUAUUCCAUGAAACUACAAGGUCCAGAUAAUGGUCAAGGUCCCAAGUAUGUUAAGAUUUUUAUUAACCUUCCCCGAUCCAUGGACUUUGAUGAAGCGAUGAGGAGUGAGCCGACCCAGGCCGUGGAGCUUUCAGCUGAUGAUAUUAAAGAGGACGGCAUUAUUCCGUUACGCUACGUGAAAUUUCAGAAUGUUAACAGUGUAACGCUGUUUGUCCAGUCCAAUCAGGGUGACGAGGAGGCAACGAGAAUCACGUAUUUAACUUUCAUCGGGACCCCUGUACAAGCCACAAACAUGAACGACUUCAAAAGAGUCAUAGGGAAGAAAGGAGAAAGCCACUGAGAGAAUACCAAGACCUGUCAUGAGAGGCUCGUACCAAUGAGACCCCAGUCUUCAAUCCACAGGACAAAGUGCUUUACUGUAGAAUGUUCUUGUCUCAUUCAGUGGAAUUACCAAUAAGUCGUUGCUUUUUGUUAAGCUGUUUCAUAAGUGAUUUUAUUUGGAUCUGGCAACCGACAUUUGUAAAUAAACAUACAUUUUGGCAAGUUC